UGCACGGGGAAGCUCGGUUCUCUUUUUCCUCUUAAGGUCUUUCGCUCUUCAGCAUCGCAAAAUGCAAAAGUUGUGUUCUUAAUCCUUCCUCGGCGGCAAUGAGAGUGCUCUCCCGAGGAACUGUUUGAAAGCAAGCCUUCCAGAAGUGUUUUUUUUGCAAAACUCCCGGCCUGGCAGCUUCUUCCGGAAGCCGUUGGAGCAUCCUAGUGUUUUGAAAAGCCAUCCCCUCGGGGGAUGCUUUUGGGAAAAGGACAGAUUUAAGGUUUCUGGUUUCCCAUGAAGCUUAACUGUAGAAACAGGUGAUUGAAAUAAAUUUCUGACAAUCAAAGACCUGGACCUGGACUUCAGGGUACCAGCACGUGCUUCGCUGGAGUGCCUGUUUCCAGAACCAAGCCGGAAGUCCUAAAUGCAAGAGGCAGACAUGGAAAAGAGUUUAGAAGGCCCCGGGAAAAUCCCACGCAUCGUCCAGGUGAUGUACUUCAAGGAUGCCCCAAGACCAUCUGCCAACCAGCAGCCGGAGCAGAGUUUGCCCCAGGUGUGGGAAGCCCAGUGGCAGCAGUUUCUCAAGAUGCUGCAGCACCCUCAUCCCGGAUGGGGGAACCUGCAGCUGACAGAUGCAGUGCCGUGGGAUGAUACCAAAGCUUUCCUGGCUGCCUUUGAACAAGUAGCCGAAGCUUGCCGGUGGCCUAGGGAAGAGUGGGUAGGCCGGCUCUUGCCCGCGCUUAGGGGAGGAAUGGAACAAGUCUAUUGUAGGCUGGAUGCCAGAGAGAGGGGAGACUACGGAAAGGUGAAGGCCGCCCUCUUGCGGGGGGAUGCCAUGCGGACGGAAUCCAAACGGCAGCAUUUCCGGCAGUGCUGUUACCAAGAUUUUGACGGGCCACGUAGGAUUUACAGCCGUCUCCAGGAACUUUGUCGUCAGUGGCUGAAGCCAGAUCACCGCACCAAGGAGCAAAUCUUGGAGCUGAUCAUCCAAGAGCAGCUUUUAGCCAUGCUACCUCUAGAAGUCCAGACCCGGGUGCGGGAAUGCGGACCAGAGGACUGCAUUGAGGUUGUGGCGCUGGCGGAAGACUUCCUGAUGGGACGUCAGGCAGCCAGGAUGUGGGAAUGGCCGGUGCCUUUGCAGGAGAUGACUGUGAAUUCCAUGGAGGCAGAUGGGCCUCUGGUGAAUGCCACGGCAAGACGGCGCUAUGCAGGGAUCUCUCAAAAGCGUGGAGGGGGAGUCUGUUCGACCAGUGAAAGGAUGUCCACAAGGAACUCUGGCUUCAUGCUUCCUCCUGAGAGACGUGACAUGGCAGGAACUGCUCUGACCGAGGGGCUUGUGAAUUUGAGGGAGAGGAAUGUAGGUUUGGAGAGAGCUGGGUGGGCUACAGUUAAUCUUGAUGAAAAGCCUGCAACCUGGGAAAUUGCACAAGAGAAUUAUGGGAGUGUCAGCGCUUCAGACGGACUCCUGGUUCCCACACCAGACAUCCUCCAACCUGAUCAAGAAGGAGGUGUCUUCUCCCAUAUUACUGAGACUGGAGAAACUAUUCUAAGUGUAAUUCCAGGAUGCAGAAUUCUGAGCGAGAUCAAAAUAGAAAAUUUCAAGGAGGAAGAUGUGGAGGCAGAAUACUCGUUUGAGGCGUUAACGGAAGAAUUCCUAGAGGCUAUUCCCACAAUUCCUGACACUUUUGAAGACAGUCCCAGGAGGAAGUUGCGCCCAAGGGGACCUCAAGGCAGGAAGCAGGAAGGGACCACACAGCAAGGAACAUCCAUGAAGCUCCGGAAAAAAGCCACGCCAGUAGCAACCAAAACCAUGCAAGUAACAAACAGAAAGCUGAAGGAGAAAAAACACAAGUGUGCCAAGUGUGGGCAUCGUACCUGUUACUUGUCAGAUAUGCUGAGACACAUGAAGAGCCACAAUGGGAAAAGGCCCCACAGGUGUAACAUCUGUGGGAAGACCUUUAUACACAUUUCCUCUUUGGAGACUCACCAGAAGAUUCACAAGCCUGUCGGCAGACUCAGACUUAUGAAGAAAAAACCGGGUAGGAAACCCUCUAUCCAUAAAGCAAAAGGGACCCAUCUGUGUUCCAGGUGUGGGAAGAGAGUGACCACACUGGCUGCCCUUGUUUUGCAUAUGAAAGUCCAUGUAAAGGAAGGACCUUUCCAAUGCCAGGAGUGUGGCAAAAGCUUCAACUGGAUGUCCAGCCUUUGUAGACACCGUAGAAUUCGUGGUUGUGGCAGAAAUUGUAAGAGGCAGAGAAGGCGUGGAGCCGUUGAAGAGAUCAGACGUGUUUCUCCUUAUCCGGAAAGGACUGAAUCGAAAGAUGGGAUUGCGACAUUGCUAGGAAAAUCGUCAGGCAUCAGUUCACAGACUCGCGAGGUAACCGUCACUUCAAGGCUGCGUCCAAGGAAGCCUCAGGGGAGUGUCCUGGAAUCAUCUGGGGCAGGAACUGGGUUGAAAUCCUCCGAAGUCCAAGACAAGAGGAAGCACGCGUGCCCUGAAUGCGGGCGAAGAUCUGAAAAGCUAUCGGAUCUUAUCCGACACAUGAGGAUCCACACAGGGGAAAAACCCUAUGAGUGCCCGAACUGUGAGAGGACUUUCAGAUGGUCGUCGAACUUCUUCCAGCACCAGAGAAAAUGUUGCACGAAGAGAUCCGCUUCCAAUACUCCUCUCACGGAACACCGGGUAACACAUGCAGGUGAUGAGGAACUGUGUAAAGUGAAGCAGGAAGAGAUCAAGUUAGAAGAUGAGUUUGGGACAUCGCCAGACGAAGCCUUUGGUGCCGUUUCUCCUGAGGAUUGCAUGGUUAGGUCCACAUCAAGGCCACAGACUGAUGAGCAUCAAGGUGGGGGACAGGGCGAAUCUGUCCCACGCAGCAGGGGUUCCUUUUCUACAGGCUAUUCAAAAAAGGAGCACCCAUGCCAACAAUGCGGUCGCAAGUUCCAAAGCUUAUCAGCAAUGCUUUACCAUACAAGAAUCCAUACUCGUGAGAAACCUUAUGAAUGCUUCAGUUGCGGGAAACUGUUCCGGUGGGCAUCAAACCUUUCCAAGCACCAGAAAAGCAACAACUGCAUCCCAAAGGAGCCUGCUCCUACCCCUGUUCUGGCAGAAUGUGAUGUAAUACUGGAAGAUGAAGAAGAGUUAAUUCACAUCCUGGAGAGGAAUUCUCAGAAGAGAAGGGUGAAAUCGGAAGACCUGCUUGGGGCAUUGCCAGAAGAAUCCCCAGAUGUUGCUUCACAGAGUACUAAGGAGUAUAAGAUCAGGACCGCAUCGAAGCUGCGUCCAAGGCUGCAUGCUGUGAAGCAGCAGAGUCUGAAAAUGGCUGCGGUUGUGAAGAGCAGCAGAUACAGCCGAAUAGAGAGAAAACACCAGUGCUCUGUAUGCGACCACAGAACCUAUUACUUGUCCGAUUUGAUUAGACACAUGAGAGUCCACACAAGAGAGAAGCCCUACAAGUGUUUUGGAUGUGGUAAAACCUUCUCACAGAACUCGGGCCUUCUUUUUCACCAGAGAAGCCAGUUGUGUGUCGCUGGUCCUAGUGGGAGGAAAAGCCAUGCGAAGAGUGUCACAAGCCACAAAGGAGAGAUCAGUCCCAGAGGCGGGAAAACAUCUCAUAAAUUAGCAGGCCUUGUUAAGCGCAGGCGACGUGGAGGGGACAAGCCCUUCAAAUGCCUCGAAUGCGGGCAAGGGUUUACGUUUAGUUCAAACCUCUCCAGGCACCGGAAACUCCACCUGAGUAAAACAUCACGUGUGGGGCGUAAACAAAUGGAUACAGGUAGCAGUAAGCCAAAUAACAUGACGAUGGACAAUUCUUCGCAAGGAAGAGCCACUCUGAAAAAAAUGCGCAGAACUUCGGAAAUAACCCACGGGGUUGCUUCAGUGACCGUGGUGAUUAAUGACGGAGGGUGGAAAUCCAAGAGCCCUCCCUGUAAGAAAGUGGUGAAAGGGCAGAAAAAGCCCCUUGGCGAUAAACCAGCUGUGAAGGGAGCAGCGCAAGCAGGAAGAUUCUUGUAUUCCAAAAGUGGGAUGGCGUAUCACUACAAAUCUGGACUUGUGACCAGUAAGAAGACCCGUGCAAAAAGCCGUUACCAGUGUAAAGUGUGCAGAAGAUCCUUUGCAUUAAAACAUGUCCUUGCUGUUCAUGAAAAUAGCCACACGAAGCCAUAUGAGUGCUCUGAAUGUGGGAGGCGCUUCUGCUUUAAGACUACGUUGCAGAGUCAUCAGAAAACGCAUACUGGAGUGAAAUCCUAUCAGUGCCCCGAGUGCGAGAAAUCCUUCACUGAAAAAGAUUCCUUGAUCGUGCACCUGAAAUCUCACGGCUCUUCCUGCAUGUAUGAAUGUGCGCAGUGUGGUGUGCAGUUCAGUGAGCUGGACCAGCUGUUCAGACACCAGAAAAGCCACGCAGGAGAGCAAGCUUACUAGUGCGGGGAGUGUGGUCAGGGCUUUGGGCAGAGAGGUCUUUGGAUUAGACACCAGCAAAAACAUACAGGGAAGAAGUAAUACGAGCAAGCACAGAGGCCCAGGGAAAGGUAGAAAGAUGUUUGCAUGUGUGUAAUACUGCCUCUGUAUCCCUGUUCACUUCUGACCUCAUGCAGUUUCCCAAACUUAUGCGGGCACUUCCGUAUUCUAACUGUUAACCAGCACUUCAGCAGUCCUGCCUGCUUGAUUCUCGGGUAAACUCUUCUGCCAAGAGUAUAGAGUCCCAUCUGUCCCUUGUUCUCAUGUGUUGACAGGUUGUUGGGUUUGGUUUUUCUUCAUCCUCUCAGAGAGAGUUCCUAAAGAUUCUGUAACAUCUUGGCAGCUGUGUUAAUAGCUGGGGAGGGCUUCUUUCAGUCAGCGGAAGCCACAGUUCUUAACCGUUAAUAGGGAGAUAACAAACACCACAGCCUACAUUUACCUCAGUUUCAUCGCCACCGCUUUAUCCAGGAGGGAAUAUACAUAUGUGCAUACAAUACUUUUUGCAUCUGCUUUAAGUUCUAAUACCACAGCUAUGGUAAGAGCCCUAAGACAUUACCCAGACUUGGCUUUCUCUUAAUGCUGAGAUCUUCGUCAGGAGGAAGAUUUCGUAAACAUUUGAGAAUUCAUUGGGAGGGGAAAGCCCUGUUAAUAGUCAGGGUGGGGCACUUCAUCCGAUCUCAAAGGAAGAGUUGUAUCUCGGACCAGACGCUUCUGGACAGCAACUGAUAAGACACCACUGAAUCCAUUUGGAAGAAGAAGCUUAUGGAUCUCUUUAAUACUUUUCUCUGGCAUGUGGAUUCUCUUCCCAGACACAUGAUGCUUCCCCAUGCCCGUCCUUCAGGGAGGAUGCAUCGGCACACUUUGUUAAAACUGUGAAAAAAGUCUGAUCCGUUCUUGCAACCAUUUUGCUUCAAGAUGAUGGUGAUUUGAAAGAGGGGCCUCUCUUCCACAUUCUUCUCCCCUACCCUCUGAAGAGCUCAGGUUGCCAUACAUGGUUCUCCAUCCAUUUUUUCCCCUCACAACAGCCCCUCUGGGUUAGGCUGAGACUGACU